AUGAGCAAGCCAUUAGAGUCGGAGUUUACGAACUACUUCAAGGGGCUCAAGCACAAACUUGCAAAGGAUGCUGGUAACGGGGAGAGCGCAAUCAAGACGGGGAAGGACCCGCUAAUGUUCGACCUUUAUUCAUUUUUAUGCGAUAAGAUGCUGGCUCACGAAAAUAAGGAGAUGAUUUUUGCUCAUGCGUACAUGGUGAUUGCCUGA